AUGUACGUGUUCCCCCGUCCCUGCAAGAUUGUGGGUGUAUGUGUUCCCUCGUACCUGCAAGAUGGUGUAUGUAUGUGUUCCCUCGUCCCUGAAAGAUGGUGUUGUAUGUGUUACCCCGUCCCUUCAAGAUGGUGUAUGUAUGUGUUCCCCCGUCCCAGAAGAUGGCCUAUGUAUGUGUUCCCCCUCCCUGCAAUAUUGGGUAUGUAUGUGUUCCCCCGUCCCUGCAAGAUAGUGUAUGUAUGUGUUCCCCCGUCCCUGCAAGAUAUGUGUGUACGUGUUGCCUCAUCCCUGCAAGAUGGUGUAUGUAUGUGUUCUCUCGUCCCUGCAAGAAAGGUGUGUGUAUGUGUUCCCCCGUCCCUGCAAGAUGGUGUAUGUAUGUGUUCCCCCCGUCCCUGCAAGAUGGUGUGUGUGUCUGUGUUCCCCCGUCCCUGCAAUAUGGUGUGUGUAUGUGUUCCCUCGUCCUGCGAGAUGGUGUAUGUAUUUGUUCCCUCGUCCAUGCAAGAUGGUGUAUGUAUGUGUUCACCCGUCCCUGCAAUAUGGUGUGUGUAUGUGUUCCGACGUCCCUACAAGAUGGUGUAUGUAUGUGUUCCCCCGUCCCUGAAAGAUAGUGUAUGUAUGUGUUCCCCCGUCCCUGCAAGAUGGUGUGUGUAUGUGUUCCCUCGUCCCUGCAAGAUGGUGUGUGUAUGUGUUCCCUGUCCCUGCAAGAUGUUGUAUGUAUGUGUUCCCCCGUCCCUGCAAGAUGGUGUAUGUAUGUGUUCCCCCGUCCCUGCAAGAUGGUGUAUGUAUGUAAUCCCUCGUCCCUGCAAGAUGGUGUAUGUAUGUGUUUCCCCGUCCCUGCAAGAUGGUGUAUGUAUGUGUUCCCCCGUCCAUGCAAGAUGGUGUAUGUAUGUGCUACCCGUCUCUUCAAGAUGGUGUAUGUAUAUGUUCCCUCGUGCCUGCAAGAUGGUGUAUGUAUGUGUUCCCUCGUCCUUGCAAGAUGGUGUAUGUAUGUGUUCCCCCGUCCCUGCAAGAUGGUGUAUGUAUGUGGUCCUCCGUCCCUGCAACAUGGUGUGUGUAUAUGUUCCCCCGACCCUGCAAAUGGCGUAUGUUUGUGUUCCCCCGUCCCUGCAAGAUGGUGUAUGUAUGUGUUCCCCCUCCCUGCAAGAUGGUGUAUGUAUGUGUUCCCCCGUCCCUGAAAGAUAG